AUGAGAGCUACUACAAUUUUAUUGGGAUGUGCCUUAGUGGCCAUUUGUCUUUCCUAUUUACCAAGAGCUGACUCUACUUCAACUACAACUACAACUACAACCACUACCGAGGCUAGCACCACCACCACCACGACCGAAGCUACCACAACAACCACUGCCUCCUCAUCUGACACCACUUCAACAACCUCUAGCAGUAAAGCUAAGAAGACCAGAAGGAAGCACCAUUGGAAGGUCGCUAGCACCACCACCACCACGACCGAAGCUACCACAACAACCACUGCCUCCUCAUCUGACACCACUUCAACAACCUCUAGCAGUAAAGCUAAGAAGACCAGAAGGAAGCACCAUUGGAAGGUCGUGAGACACCCUGGAAAGAAGGUCAUCAAGAGACACCGCAAAGGAGGCCGAAAAUUUGUGAUCUAA